CAAAAACAGGUGUUACAACAAAAAAUUUUCCUCUCUAAGCUAAACAAAAGUUUAUUAUUAAAUAUGGAAGUAACUUAUUGUAAAAACAAGUAUAGUUAAUAUGGAUUGAUUAACUGUCCACCACGUAAAACGUUGGAUCUCACCCAAAAACGAAUUGAUAUAAUUCCAAAGAUAAGUCGAGUGAAAAAAGGCAAUAAUGAGUCACAUAGGCCUAAACGAUGCACAACAGUCUCAGGAUGCCACUCCAGACUUGGAAUCUUUUACGGGUUUCGGUAACUCCGCCGCCGAGGCUUUCAUACAGAGUCUAGCUGGAAUGGUGAAUCAGGGUGAUGUGGAAAACAUGAUAAGGGCACAAAAGCAAAUGCUUCAGCGUUUUGAGAAAACCAAUGAAAUGCUGCUUAACUGCAACGCCCUCUCCCAGAGUCGACUGAAAAACGCUACCGAGGAUUUCAAGCGACAUGUUAAGUGUCUUAAUGAGAUGAAAAAGGAUCUAGACUACAUAUUCCGCAAGAUUCGAGUCAUCAAGCAGAAGUUGCAGCAGCAAUAUCCCACUAUUUACGCUGAAGUUCAACCACAAAGAAGCAGCUUGGCCGAGGAGGCGGAAGAAGAGGCUUGCGCUCGGAAACCAGCCGAGAAUCCAAAACCCACUGCUGCUUCAGGGACAAAGAAGAAUGCAGCCACUAUUGAAUACGUGCAAAUGGAGGAGGCUGUGGAUAAUGGAACUGUGGAGAUCGAAAAUGAACUCAUAAAGCGAGUGUGCUCCGUGGAAACGGCCAAUCCCAAUGACUCCUCCGACUGUACAUCCGAGGAUACAGGUUAAUCAAUACAUACGUCUUUAAAUAGUUUUACUUUUAGCAUAAACAAUAAAUUAUUGGCUUAAAAUAUAA